AUGCCCGCGUCGUGUGUGUUCGAGCAGCUGGCUGCGGGGGAGCCGUCGCCGAAGCGCCGACGCACCGAGGAGGCCGCCGAGCCAGCAGCCCAGCCGGCAGCCAUGGAGCCCGCAGAGGCAGCGCCUGCAGAGGCAGCGCCCGCGAUUUUGGUCCACGGGGUGCGCUGCAGCCACCUGGUGGCCGACUACUACAUUGUCAAGGAAGUCGAGAAGAUGCUCGACUACCUGCGGGGUGGCGAGGCCUUUCCCGAGCUGUUGGAGAUCGUUUUGUGCAUUGAGUCGACGAGCCCCCCUUUGGGUACCUUCUAUGGAAUGCAGUUGAAGCCGGAGAACCGCUCCCAGGUGCCGAGCACCUGCGCUCAGCUGCGCCUGAAGUUGACCUUCGAGCAGCCUGCCGCGGAGCCAGACGCCGAGCCCGCAGACCAGGAGCCCGCCCAGACCGUCCGCAUCUUCGGCGAGCAGGGCUUCGACGUCGAGAUCAAGGACGGAUGCCUCGGUCGGGUUUUGGGCGACCUCUACCACGCCGGGAAGGUCCUGGAGGGGCUCUGCUUCGAGGUCACUUUGCAUCUCUUCAAGGACAGCCGCAAGCUGGGCACGCCCCAGAUCGUCGAGAAUGUGGUCUUGAACAUGGUGGAGGACCGGCGCAGCGGCAAGGCCUUCGAUGUGAAUGGCACCAUCGCGAAGGUGACGCGGGUCACGAUGCUGCUGGACAUCGGGGCCACUCGGCUCAACGGCUUUUGGGGCAUGUGGAUGGGCGACGGCCAGCGCGAGAUCAUCAGCGACUUCGAGGUGCUCCUCAAGGCCGACCCCGCGCCUUACGGCAUAGAGUAUGUGGACAUUGUCGAGGGGGGGGAUCUUCUUACCUUCGAGCAGUACGAUUCGAACACAAAGACCCUCCGCUGCGAGGGCGGGCAGGACGUGCCCCUGAGCCAGGUGCUCGCACUCCUUUGCGACAUGUGA